ACAAAGUUAGUAAUAGGGAACCGAGUACCCGAUUGUGAUGAACCUGAGGAGACCGGAAUCGGAGAGACAGUCUUUGCGGAAUUGAGAACAUAGUCAUUGAGAUGAGCUGGACGACGACGCGUACGCGGUGGAAGAGAAGGAACUGUUUCCGGUGGAGAAGUGGUCUCCACCGUGGAUGACCCUGACCCUGGCAAUAUAUGGGUGUAAGUUGUUGCUAAUUUGGAAUUGAGGACCUUCCUCCAUGUGGCUAAAUGGCGGCUGAAUUGAGGUGAAAAUUAUGCCUCCUUAGGAAAUUAUCCCUUAAAAUUUUAAUCUCCACUUUAAUAAUUGAGGUUCUCCACUUUUCAAUUGCCGACUAUGUAUGUCUGGACGGAUGGGGCGGCGAUCCGGGAUGAUUUGCGACGGACGAUUUAAACACCGACUGACUGGACGGACACUUCACUGGACGGACAAUUUAAAGGCCGACAGAUUGGUCGGAUUGAACUCCUGGGAUGACGGGCGGACAAAGGUGACGAUGGAUGAUUAACACCUAUAGUGCAACCGGUGUCCGCCUGAAACAUGCGAACAAGGAGACAAAGGACGAUUGCUAAGCGAACGGAAACUACUAGGAACCCAAGAACGCUCUGAUACCAUGUAGAAAACUAUAGGACGUUGAACUGGCUAUUCCAUUGAUACAAAAGAAUAUAAAUAUACAUCGGUGAUACAAACGAAGAGUCAUCCAGGUGAUACACACGAGGAGUCCAGCCCUAUGCAAUGAAUACUUCUAUAAAAAUACAUGGGCUAACAAUACAUGGGCUAACAGAUAACCACUUGAGCAUUGACAACCAGGGCAGAAUUCUAUGGCAUAAUGGAGAUGUUGGUUUCAGCUUAAAGAAGGCAAAGAAUUCUUUGAGAGAGAAAAAUCCCAUUCACCCCUUCACCAAACUUUCCUGGAUUCCCAAACAAAACCCUAAACACUCUAUCUUCCUUUGGAAACUGUGUUUUGGCUACCUCCCCCUUCCCCACUCACUAACUAGAUUGGGACUUCAACUCCCCUCUAUUUGUUUCUUGUGCAGGAACAGUGAGGAGACUACCACCCACCUAUUCAAGAACUGCCCAUUCAGCAACCAAAUCAAGAACUACUUUGAACAAAUAUUUUCAAUUUGCAGGAAUACCAGCCAUGGAAUCCUAACCUACUUGACAAACUGGUGGAAACAAGGGGAACUGAAAAAACUCAACAAAGAACUCCUCAAAAUCAUUCCAGGAAUCAUAACCUACGAGAUAUGGAAAGAAAGAAACAGGAGGAUUUACGAGGAAGAAGAACACACCUUGACACAGACAAUUACAAUCAUCACAAAACAGAUCUACGAAUGGAUUUUCAUCCACCAUAAGGGAAAAGCAACACCGGAUAUCAGAAUUUAUGAAAGGUUACCUUCAAUUAGGAUGGGCACAAUCACUGUACAUCGAUGGGUAUUCCCAGCCACUGGUGUUACACUUACAACGGACGCGGCAAUCAGAGAGGGAAGAUCAGCUGGAGCCAGCAUCCUGCGCACAAGGCAUGGCCAAUUCCUCAUUGCUUGGACCUAUCCUCUUCAUCCAAAUCUCCCACCAGCUGAGACAGAAAUGGAGGCAGCAUACGAAGGAGUACGCAGAAGUCUAUUUGUUUCUUAACUGCCCGGUCAAUCUCUAUAUUGACUCCAAAAGUUGUGCAAACAAUUUAACAAACUUCUCCAACAAUGAUUUCUUCACAAGCAUGACAAGAGAAAUGAUAAAUCGGUCCGGGGGACGGGUCAAUCAUAUCUUUAGAGAAGCUAAUACGGCGGCACAUCAUCUGGCACAACACGCUUUGCAAGAGAAUAACUUCAGUAAUUUUUAUUCACUAGUUUCACUCCCAAAGCGCUCUAGGGGAUCCAUUGCAUGUGAUGAUGCUCUAAAUAGAUCAAACUUUGACAGCUAUAGUGCCAGGGCACGGGAUUCCCUGGCAUGCUGGUCUCCUGAUUCUGUUGGAUUUAAUCUGAUUGAGGCUGUGCUGUGUCAUAUAUGUCGUAAGCAAAGACCAGGAGCUGUGUUAGUAUUCAUGACUGGGUGGGAAGAUAUUAGCUGUUUGAGGGACCAACUUAAAGCUCAUCCCCUAUUGGGCGAUCCCAACAGGGUAUUUGUGCUUCCAUGCCACGGCUCAAUGGCAACCUCAGAGCAGAAACUUAUAUUUGAGAGGCCUCUUCAAAAUGUUCGGAAAAUUGUACUGGCAAAAAAUAUGGCCGAGGCAAGUAUUACCAUCAAUGAUAUAGUGUUCGUAGUUGAUUGUGGAAAAGCAAAGGAGACGUCUUAUGAUGCCCUGAAUAAUACACCUUGUUUACUACCAUCAUGGAUAUCUCAAGCCUCUGCUAGACAGAGAAGGGGUAGGGCGGGUCGUGUGCAGCCUGGCGAGUGCUACCACUUAUAUCCACGAUGUGUUUAUGAAGCUUUUGCUGAGUAUCAAUUACCUGAACUUCUGAGAACUCCUCUAAAUUCACUUUGCCUGCAAAUAAAGAGUUUGCAAGUUGGAAUUAUUGCUGAAUUUCUGUCUGCGGCUCUUCAAUCACCAGAGCCAUUGGCUGUGCAAAAUGCUAUCGAGUUUUUGAAGAUGAUUGGUGCAUUAGAUGAACACAAAAAUCUUACGCAUCUCGGUAUACAUGAUCAAUGAAUAUAAAAACUCAAAAUAAUUACCUGUCUUCCGAAACUUCACAAUUUUUUCCUACCACAAAGUUUACCCAUUUACUUUUAGGCCCCGUUUGGUGAGUUUUGGAGUGAUGAUAUGAUAAUGGGUUUUGAAGUCCCAAAGAAAUGAUAUCGGUUUUG